AUAUUCUUGGAUCAACGGCUCAAAUUGCUUUAGUUAUAAAUUGUCUCACGGCUGCCAUAACUCUUUUUGGAUUAUUCGUUGUCUGCUGUGGGGAAUCCGCACAAGCCUUAAAAAUUUAUUCUGGACUAUUUAUUUUGGCCGUAAUUGUUCAUUUUAUAUAUGCCAUCUAUUUCGUUUUCGUUGCUGCUUCAAACGACGUUCUGAGAUAUUACAUGGGCACUGCAAUUUCUCAAUUUGUUGGAUAUUUGUUUGGGGUUUGUUUUGCCAAGGUUAUUGUUGAUUACACUAAACUUGUUGGACUUGAACAACAAAAUGCUCAGACACCUGGAAGAGUUGAAGCUUCUAAUAUGACAAAUCAUCAAGUUGUUAAUUAA